AUGAAGCGGCCUGCGAAGCGACUCCGAACGUUCUCGGUGCAUGAGUCAGCUGCGCAGCAGAUGGUGGACACCAUGGGAGGUACCAUCUUGAUGGGCUGUGCGCCGAGGGGCAUGGACGGCUUCAUGGAGAUCGGGUACAACUCGCGCUUCGACCCAGACCCGGAGGCGGCACCCGUGCGGCCAGACGAGGUGAUGGUCCGAUUUGGGCCUGAUGAUGCAGUUGUCCUGACCGGCGGGGCUGAAGAAGCUGAGCCUGGUCAAGGUGAGCCUGCUGAAGCAGCUGAAGCUGAGCCUCCUCAAGGCGAGCCUGCUGCAGAGCCUGCUCAAGGUGAACCUGCAGAAGCUGAGCCUGCAGAGGACAAGAAGGCCAGCUGA